CGCAUCUGACUCAGAUUACGUGACUGCAUUUACCUCUUUAACAGAAAAAAGUGCAUCUACACAUCAACAAAACAAGCGUUGUCUCCUAAAUAUACCAUGGUAUGAGUCACAUCUGCAGCCUAUCCCCAGCUCUGUUUGUCCAUGUUAUCGACUUGUCAUUACACCUCCCACACCCUAAAAUUGCUCACAGUAGACUAUUUAGUCCCUGCUUCAGGUGGAAAUCCAUUUUCCGUUUUGGGUUUGUAGCAAGUGGAGCUUAUCUUGAACAUACGGGAAAAACAAGUUUUAGCAGUGAGUUCGUGUUCACUCUGACAACAUGUGUACUGGAAAAUGCUCCCGUUGCAUUGCAGUUACUCUCUACCCGUUAGCACUGAUAUCCAUCAUCUGUAACAUAGUGCUGUUCUUUCCUGCUGGGGACAUCAAGUAUGCCAAAGAUGGACAUAUUACUGAGGAGGUGAAAUACAUGGGAGGGCUCGUUGGAGGGGGUUUAAUGGUGUUGCUCCCAGCACUUUACAUCCACUUGACUGGAAAAGAGGGGUGCUGUGGGAACCGCUGUGGGAUGUUCUUAUCAAUUGCAUUCGCUGCAGUGGGAGUGGCUGGUGCCCUGUACAGUUUCAUUGUGGCAGUGCUCGGGUUGCAAAAUGGGCCCCUCUGCAAAGUCCUCGUGAUCUGGACCACACCUUUUAAAGACAGUGACCCGAGUUACCUGACCGACAACACGUGGUGGGGGAAAUGCACAGAGCCUAAGAACAUUGUGCAGUUCAACAUUGGUCUGUUUGCCACUCUGCUGGCCACGAGCUGUCUGCAGCUGGUUCUCUGUGCCAUUCAGAUGAUCAACGGGCUCUUCGGCUGCCUGUGUGGAACCUGUAACAAUAAAGGGCCGCUCUGAGUUCCUGACUGUUGACUGGCACCCCCUGCUGGAAGACUGAAAGCAUUGGUCCUGCCUGCAUCUGCAUUAAAUAUUCACUAGGAAACUGUCUCUAUUUGAUAACAGAUUUUUUAUUAUAUUGUUCAUUUGAAAUACAUUGGUUUUAAAUAUAAGCUACUGAUCCACUGCUGCAGCUCUGUGUUGUUAAAUUAUGUUUAAUAAUAUUAACCUUUUGGUGUAUUGUACUUAACUAGUAGGAUAGAAAAAAAAGACAAAGUUGUACUUCAAUGACACCUUUAAUGUAGAUUGUAUUACUACAGGGAAUAUCAGGAUUGAUAUCUGUACAAACAUUUCAAUGUCAUCUCAAACAAUUAGCAUUUUAAAAUACCUAUAUUUCUCAAUGAACAUUAAAGGAAUAUGACUGAGAUUUCUGAAAUGCCAACUACUA